AUGCCUAACGCCAAGAGCGUUCAGAAGAGUGCACCUGACGAUAACAAGAAGGUGCCCGACAAGGGUAAGCCUCAGUCGCCGCCUGAUGAACCUAGAGCGCGCGAUCUGAGAGAUGAGGCAAAGUCAAUCCGUCAUCUCAUGGCCCAUCUCCCAAAGAACCCCUAUUGCGAUGCCUGCCAACGUGCAAAGAUGGAAAAUGUUAAAUCCUUUCGUCAAGACUCACCGCGCGAUAAAGGGUUUGAGAAGUUUGGCGAACACGUUACCAUCGAUACAAUGGUGUUGCAUGGGCUCGGCAAUCGCGGGAAUAAUGGGGAGACGGAUGCUGUCGUCUUUUACGAUCUAGCAACCGAGUGGCUGGAGAGCGUUCCCGUUAAGGGAAGGACGAAUGCCGAUACGCUCCGAGCAUUUCAGCAGGUCUUUGGCGAUCUUCGAGAUGUGAACUCGUGCUCCAUGGAUGUGGAGAGGAGGUAUGCACCUUCUGCGAUUCGGGAAAUCUACUGUGAUAAAGCCCGUGAGUUCAUAUCGACCUGCAAGAAAGUCGGCAUCUCUGUGAAGCAUUCCACGCCGGGAAUGCCUCGAACUAAUGCCAUUGCCGAGAGCAAGGUGAAGCUUGUCCUUCAUGGCGCACGUGUGGCGCUACGACAAGCGGGAUUGAGCGCCAAAUUCUGGCCUUAUGCAUGCAAGCACUUCUGCCAUGCUCGCAACAUCGAGUUGCGUGAGGGUCAGAGUGCCUAUGCGAUGCGAUUUAAUGGUGUUGAGUUUGACGGUCAGAUUCUGCCGUUUGGUUGCCUUGUUGACUUCUAUCCUACGCCGGCACGAAAACAGACCCGGCGGAGUCAGAGAGAUGAAGUCGUCCUCGGCGAUGGUGAGGAGUACGCCGUACCUGCGCCUGGGGCCGACGGACUGAUUGAUGUCGAAAUUGGUUUCGAUGACGAUGGUUAUUUAGAGUGGAUUGAUGACGGAGACAAUGAUCAAUCUAGCACUCUUCAGGGCGCCGAAGUUGAUCAACGCUUGUCGUCUUACCAACGCCCCAGUAAGUUCUCCCCUACGAGUAAGCCUGGUAUUUUUCUGGGUUAUCAUUUUGAGAACGGGGGCAAGUGGGACGGUGACUACAUUGUCGCCGAUUUGGAAGAUUUCAAACGCGAUGCGUUGCGCGCGAGCGUCCACCAGGUCAAGAAAAUAUAUUGCUCACCCAAGGAGCGAUGGACGUUCCCGAUGCUCGCUGUGUACGACAAGCAGACUCGAUCAAUGUGCAUCAACGAUCCUGCGAUGCAGUCUUGUGCGCCUCAAUCUAGUGAGCGCCUUGACGCCUCUGAUAUGCUCGAACUCGAAGAUAUCGAUGAAAUAUUUGCCCUCGACGAGCCGACCCGAAUGACCGAAGAAGAUGUUCGGCGGGCUCGUGAGGCCGAGUUACGAGCCGAAUCUUCUCAUGGAGGAGGUGUCGACUACUGGGAAUAUGAUCCAUCGAGUCAUAAGUGGACUUAUCACGUAGUCGUCCCGAGAAAGGCGAUGAUUCAUCCCAGUAAGACUCCCGGAUCUCUUGGCGAGUCGCCUGAUCCGUGGAAGCUGAGCACAGUGCGUAUUUCGCAUGUUCAGUAUAAGGAUAAAAGUCCGGUUACGAUCUAUGAAACCGGCUAUGCCUUCGGCAAAACGAGACUGAUGCAACUCUGGACAGGCACUGUCGAAUUCUAUGAUGAUGGCUUUGCCCCAUCCAAGAAGAAGUUACCUCCUUACCAUGGGUCAGAGAUCCUGGAGGGCGAGGGGGGUUUGCCUUACCGUCAGAGUGUGCCACGCUCCGAGCGUGUCUACAGAGGGUCUCGAAAACCGAACUCUAUCGACUCCGAAUCCUGGCGCAGCAUGAAUCGCGCCGAACGGGAGGGAUAUGUCGAGGCUGAGCGCCGAGAAGCUGAGUCUCACGCCAUGUCCCGAGAGGAUUCUCGCGAUGCCGCUCCUAUCGACAUCGCUUUCGAUUCCGAAUAUGAGUCGGGUGCUGAACGGCAUGAUAAGGAUUAUUGGUAUCACGAUGUCGCAGCUGGCACGGUCACCCGAUUUCAUGUGAUCGAGCGCCGAGCGCGCUUUAAUCCCACCUCAGUGAAGGACUGUCCUGUCGAUCCUGUGACCUUGACAGAUGUCAGGAUGACUAUGGCCAUGACCGAUGGCACGGAAUUUACGUUGCAGGAUUCAUGGAGAUCAUCCGAUGUGCGAUCUCUGCCAUGUCGAUGGACAGGAAAGACCGUUUUCGUUAUCGGUUCUUCUGCCAAAACACAGAUCAAGGUUCGAACCAGUCUGCCGAAUAACGACGGAACAGAGCGCCGAGUGCAAACGGCGAACGGCUAUUAUGGCCACGCCUUACGUGCGAAGGGACGUGUUGUAGUCCCUGCUAAAUCUCGCGCCUGUGUUGUUACUGACCUUGAAUUCGAUCCCCCAAGCGGCAUGUCGGCCCGCCUUCAGCCGCUUCGCGGUAGUGGCCUCGAUAUUUGUCCGGCCAUGUAUACGUACAACGAAGGGGCUACCCAAUCCGGGGUCGACGUCCUUAAUCCUACCGACACCGAUCUUAUUGUCGAACCAGGACAGGAUGUGGCAGUGGUUCAGUUUUAUACUUCCGUGCUAGCCGCAGCUGAACUUGAUUUCACAGAUGAGGAUACCGGGGAUGGUACUUCUGCACCGGUAGAGCCCUCCAACGACUGUCUGGAUACCGAUGCAGCACCUGCGAUGUCUAUUCGUUCCGAUCCUCAUUCGCAUCGCUCUCCAGACUCUUCGGUGUUCUUUUACAGCGCGUGUGUCGCACGGCCUGUUGAUCGAAAAGAACGUGAACCCAAGAAGGCAUUUCCCGAGCUCACUUUUGGCGAUCGUGACACUACUGUCGCUCAGGGCUCUGUCGGUCCUCGCGAAAUCCGAAUGAUCAAGUACGAUAUGCGAUCGUUCAUGGAGCAAUGUGUCUCUCGCUAUGUCGAGCUCUGUGGUCCGAAAUACAAAGCCACCUUGCGGUCGGCUGACACGCCGUUUCUCGAUGAGUCACGACCGGAGUUCGAUACUAAUCCGGAUCGUCCCGAGGUGAACCGUUUGUUGGGCCAUCCCACCGAUACGCCUAUACCUCCUGGUAAGGGCGUUCUCGGUGACUGCGCUGCCGCUGUCCUGAUGAAAAUCUUGUAUGGUGCUCGCAUGGGGCGAUACGAUCUCAUCCGUCCUGUGCAGGCACUUGCUAGUCUCAUCACCAAGUGGGAUGGUUUGUGUGACAAAAAGCUCCAUCGUUUGGUGUGUUAUAUCAACUCCACCCUCGAUCUCAAUUUAUAUGGUUGGAUUGGCGAUGCGCCCGAGAUGUUAGAGCUUGUGCUCUAUUGCGAUGCUGAUCUUGCGGGCGACCGCACUGAUUCCAAGAGCACGUCUGGUGUCUUCAUGUGUCUUCUUGGCCCGCGUAGCUUUAUGCCUCUUAAUGCGCUGUCCAAGAAGCAGACUUCUGUGUCAAAGUCUACUCCCGAAGCCGAAAUUGUCUCCCUUGAUCACGCCGUCUAUAAACUGGGAUUGCCCGCUCUCUCCAUGUGGGAGUAUAUGUUGGGCCGUCGCUUCCGUUUGCGUGUCAUGGAAGACAAUGAAGCUGCCAUCCGAGUCAUUAUCACUGGUCACAAUCCUAAUAUGCGUCAUAUGUCCCGUACCCAGCGUAUCGAUAUUUCUGCGUUGAAUGAACGCUACCACGCUGGUGACUUUCUAUUUGUGACGUGUCCCUCUCAGUUUGAGGCUGGUGAUAUCCUGACCAAGGCCUGCACUGAUGCCAAAGUGUGGGGUCGCAACCUUAUGUCUAUUGGUCAUUUUCGCAAAGGCCUUCCGAGCGGCCCGAUUGCGCCAACUACGGAAAGGCCUCCUGCUCCGCCGAUCCCUACGGAGCAGGAUGACGCCAACAUGGGCGCCGAUGAAGCCCCAGUCCCGAUUCAGACCCCGAGAGAUGAGUCUACUGGGGGUGGGAAGCGCUCCGAGGACGUUCCGAUAGGAUUGAGGAUGAAAGCAAUGAUGCUGAAGAUCGGGGUCCAAGAGAUCCCACAGGCCUCAAUCUGGCAGCGCCUCGAACAGCUGGCAUGCAACUCUGGUUUCGACCUAAAGCUGCAUCAGCUAGUUGACUCCUUCCUCCUCUCUAAUCAUCCGCUUGCGGAUAAGCAGAGGAAGCAGUAUCCCCGAGAGUUUAUGGACUUCGUCGAUCGAUACAGGGUGAUGUGCGCUCUUGCAUUUUCCCGAGUGGCAACGUUGUCCGGUGACGCCGCAGGGGUCCGCGAGAAAAUGGACCUUACGAUGGCAUUGGCUCGCCACUGUAUGCACUUCCAAGCGCAAACCUUUAAGGGGUCUCGAGAGACACUGAGCAACGAUACGCUCCGUCUCAUGGGAACCUGUUACAUUCCGUCGCCUCUUGCGAGUUGGAAUCGAAAUCUCAUGGGAUACAGCAGUUCGUCUGCGGAACAGCGAUGGUUGAGGACCGAUACGAGUAUCAAGCACAACGACCUCACCAAGCUGUCGCCCAUUGAGUUGUCAAGGGAUGUGGUCAACCCGGCUGAAGCCGCGAGGUUCUUCAAGGGAUUUCUGCAGCUCAGGCCGACACUUUCUUUCAUCCCUGGGGCGUUUCUGGCAAUCAAGGCCCUUAACCGAUUUCCCACGCUGAAUUCUCUGAAAGAGCAAGCGAGUCACCUCGAGAAUGAUCGCAAGGAACACGGCUACGAUCUACCUGCCGUGGAUGCGAACGGGAUUGGUGAAGUGGCCGCCUUUCGCAACGAAGACGACGAUGAGAAUAACCCGCUGAUGCGCGGGUGGGCCUCGUUCAUGAACACGAUGGCUGAGGCCUACCCCGGGCGAUGCGUCAGCAUCGAUGAUACGCUCAAUUGGGGAGCCAGCACCCAAAUGACCUACGAGGACGGUGCGUCACAGAUCACCAUCCGCCCGACUGACGGGUGGGUGUAUGUCCCAGCGAUGAAUUCGGACAUAUACGAUCCUCAGGAGACGUACCUCCACGGAACGAAUCUCCGAUACCUCUGGUCGAUUCUUGCUCACGGAGGCUUGUUCGGAGAGGAUUAUGUGACGGAUGAUCAUGGAAGUCACGAACCCUGCGUCUGGGUGACUGGACACGCCCCCGAGGCUGCCGGUAGCUAUGCAUCUGGCACGUAUCUCGGCGGAGGCUACUGGUUCCAGGUGAUGAUCUGCGUCUCCCGAACUAUGGUGAACAGCCACAGUCGCACGACAAAGAAGCUGGGGGGAUCCCAGAAACAGAUCCGCGUAGGAACUCGAUUUCUCGAGCUGUGCGGAAUCGCGUUCAGGCCCUUCCGCCUCUUGGAUGACCGCGAGCAAGGGGUUUCUACUUCCCCAAACUACGUCAUCCACGGACACCGAUUCCUCAGUGCCGAUGGGACGAAAGCCGUGGCCUGGCACCCGUGGAUGGAGGCGAGCCCGAUCGAUCCUCGCAUUCUGAAGCUGCUGGGAGACAGUGUCGCGCGCGACAAUGUUGAGUUUGCCGACCUAACGAUUCAGGGGGGCAACACUACCCAACAGGCUGCAUCUACCGAGACGGAGCAGCCUGUGGCGACCGCGGCCGAUGAUCAUGCUGCGGCGAGUGGUGGUGAGGCAACGGAGCGAAUCACCGUCAACCCGGUAGUGCUUCGACGCAAUCACUGGAUGCCCGACUCGUACGGGACGAGUGAGCAAGCCACUGUCGGUGGAAGGUAUGCAUUGCUAUCCGAGCUCCAGUCCUCUAGCUACCGAAUCGAGCUGGCUCCUUUCUUUCAGUCGCGUGCACCCAUGCUGGGUGAGGAAGGCAGCCAAGGCUUGCCCAAGCCUACAAAGCUCGAGACAAUAGCCGGGGGACCUUCCAAAGAGUGGGAGGCAUGGUGCAGGCACUACCGAAAAGCAUACGGUGCUCUGCUCGGCAACUUCGGCUACACGUCCGCCAAGAAUAUCAAGGGUAUCGUAUACGAUGAAGAAAAUACGACGGAUAUCAUUGGCGCGCUUAUUUGGAGCCCAGCCGAUGCCCUUGUGGCUGUCUCGAUUCACGGGAUCAGAACGGUCACGACCAUGGCAUCCACGAUUGCAUUUGGAGGUGCUCCGCCAACGAUCAAGCCGGCAGUACCCAGCAAGCCGCAGAGAUUCGUUGUCAUGCACGAUGGCCUGCUAACCUUCAGAUCUGCCAAAUCCUGGCACGCUGGUGAGAUGAACACCCAUCUGAAGAACGCGCUGGCAAGUUUUGGAUUCCCUGAGUCCGAAGUUCGGGUACAGGCGUUUGAUGAGGGCGAAAAGCUCAAGGAGAUGGUAGACACUCUCGAGCUGAUGCAGAGUGACCCAUCUGUCCCGCCAUCGAACGUUCACAUCCUCAUCCUCUGGAAAGGAGACGAGUUGUGGAAGAUGGACCAAGGCUGGAAUAAGCUGACUGGUGACAUCGAUAUGGCACGAUCACAAUACGCCAAAGUGACCGCCCGGGACGCCCUUGAGAAGUAUAACACGAUCUACGGAUCGGUGUCCCUGUGCGGACCAGUGUCACCGAGCAUGGGUUUCCUUCCGACUCUUCCUGGCCCUCUCUUCGAGAAAUACAGAGAGGAGAUGAGGUCGAUCUGGGACGAAAUCAGGAGGUCCAACUUCCUUUCCCUGUCGUUUGACGCUAUCCUGGAAGGACUACCGUACCUGAAAGGAUAUCACAUCAUGCAUGAGUCCAAAACGAUCGGGGUCCUAUGUACCCGUAUCUGCUCGAUGUUUACACUGGCGGCUCUCGCACGAUUUCCGUCUUACGCUACACGACGGGAGUAUCAGAUUGCCCACGAUAAGAUGUGGGCGCGCACUCCAGUUCCGGAAGAAAGGUCGACUGGCACGGUGAAGGCCAUUGUGCACUCCACAGUGCAGGACCUUAUCGAAGGGGCAGAUCGCGGCGCUGAUCAUCGAGCCGCAAAGACCGUUGACAUGAGUCAGCUUGGCUUCGAUGACGAAGAUGAAGAGGAGAUGGCUGACGAUGCAGGUCCGGCUGCUCCUGAGAAUCCGAUUAAACAGGAACAGACGUCUUUGGCUGAUCUGCCGGGUAUUCGUCAUCCGGAUCCGAUUGAGCUGCCCGCUACUCCCGUGCAUGGCCAGGCAAUGCCGGUAUCGCCCGGCCUUGCUCCGGCUGCUGCGAACGAUGAAGAGUCUAGCGAUAGCUCCGAUGGCGACGGACAGCAAGGGGAUGGCGAUGCAGCGAUGCCUGCGGUCAAGAAAGAGGAAUCCGAUGAGGAGUUUAAUGAGCUUCUCGAAGGAAUGACUGAAGCAUUCGAGAACUUGCCUACUCCCCGGGAUGCAGAGCGAACAGUCGCCGCCAAUCGGGACGCUGCACGACCACCCGCCGUGCCGGCGAUCCCGCUAUCUGCGAUGAAGAAGCCGAAGCCGUUCAGUGGUGUGGAAGCCGCGGGACCUACUGCCGAGGGUCGCCAAGGCUAUGCGCACUUCGAGAGCCAAGUCAGUGAAGCUGAGGCUCGACGUGAACAGGCUGCUAAAAUGAAGGCGCAUAUCGCGGAAGUGGCGAAGGGCGCCACGGGAGUUGAGAAUGCCGAACACCUUCGAUCCAUUGCCGAUGGGCUAGCCAGGGUCAUGGACCCGAACAUAAACGAUGACAAUGUGUUCCAGGGUGCCAUGUAUCCUCCGGGUGACUAUGCGCUUGACGCUGUCACGAACCGGCUGGCCCAGGGCCGACGCCGAGUUGAGUCGAACAGCAAUCUCAUCAGGGAGAUGGCCAGCGACCGAUUUACGCCUGUGCUCAUCAACCGAGAUACUGGUGAGACUGUGUCCGCCAUUGAUGCACGGUGGACCCCGGAGUAUGGAAACAGGGGGGAGCUCGAGGCCAAGGUUGGUGCGAUUAUCUCCAACCUGGAUGCAGUUGUCGCAAGCAUGUCGACCCUUCCUGUGUUCCAUCCGCACAUUCCCUCAACAUAUGGUAUGGCCCGAUCGCUUCUCAACACAUACCAGUCAUUGCAGAUUGCCAUCCGACACCGCGGCAUGGGUGCGAUGUCCUUUGAACAGAUGGUGUUCAAGCCGGAGGAUCUUGAGGUUCCGACUCCCGAUGACUGGCCGGACCUCAUUGCGCCUACCCCUGGAAAAGUCAUUCAAUCCAUGCGGGUGGCCCUGGUGAACAACACGGCGGCAAGGUUGACGAGAGAGGACCUCAAGCUGCCACCGGGCUUCGCCAUGCAACGACGAGUGACUGAGUUCCGUAAGCCGGAGGAAGAUCCAGUGCAGAGCCUGAUGGGGCUCACCGAUGACUUGAGCUACGGCACUACUGGUCGAUCUGGGGAUGACAGAUUGUCCCAGUUCCAGCGUAGUAUGGCAGUACAGCUGCGGAACACUGCUGGAUUCCUUGCGAGUGAGUUCCAGAAGCAUGCCCGAUCUAUUGCCGCUUCUUCCUCGCGUCGCAGUGAUGAAUCAGGUGCCCUGAGUAGCCAGGGUGAUGGCGCGGCGGACAACGAUCUUCCGUCCACUGAACAGGCUAGUGUUGCAUCUGAGCGCGCGAUUGCGCCGCCUCCGCCAAACGUGGCUCCUCCUCCUCCGCCUACUGCGGCAGCACCUCCGAGGGCGUCCGAAGAGAGUGCAAAGGAGGAUGACGAUGAUGCCAAAAUGGAUGAUGACACGGCCGGUCAGAAACCCGAGCAGAAACCCGAGGAGGACGCAGAUAUGGGUAGCGGGAAGGAGCUGCAAGACGAGGUCCCCGGCAAGGCCCCGCCGCCAGCUGCCCGAACCGCUGAGAGCCCUCCGGAACACGGCCUGCGUUCCAGUCCUCCGAAUGACAUGGUUGCUCAGGGAGCCGCGCUCUCCGGUGCUCGAGGGCCGGAUAUCGACAUUGACCCGGCCAGCACCACAGCCGAUCAAGCGGCAAAUGAUCCGAGAAAUUUCCGGAUCGAGGGCCCUGGUAUCAAGGCGACAACGAUUCAUCGCCCUGACCAGAUGCCCGAGAGGGGUGUCGACUCUAUUGCACCGAUUGUGCAGUAUGAAAUGACGUCCGUCCCGAUUGCGCUGACUGACUUCGUCGUCCCGGGACUCGACAUGGGCAUCGAUGAUUCCGUCCAUGGUCGGCUGGUCUCCGCGACCUGUCUCCCACCGACUGACGAACAGCGCAAAUAUUCGAGGCGCCGAUUCGCUAUGCUGUCCUCGAAUCAGACGGUGUACUUGAACGUCGCACUUCACAAGAAACCGGUGAAAGGAGAUCACGAUUCUUUCCUCCGACCAGAGUCUUACGAGGAUUGCCGCGAGAUCCAUGACGCUGUCCGAGCAUACAAUGAUAAGGAGGCAAAGUUCCGAUCCGUCGGCGGAACAUCCGUGUCAUGCAGCCGAUUGUUGAUCGAUGACGCACAAAACAUCCCUGCUGCCAGGAUUCCGGACGCAGGAAUGAUCAACUUGGUGCGGAAACUGCUGUUCCGAGUGCUGACGCAAACGAAGGAGUAUCCUUCCGCUACCGCCGAGAGAACGCAGAAUCGCCCCCAGGAUCAAGAAAGGGGCAUUCCCUUGUAUUCGCGCUUCGACCAGAGUGGCAUUAUCGCUUUCGAUGUCAUUCCGAUGUACAUGGAGCGUGAGAGGGAAUACAUGAAGGCCAACGCCGGAGAGAACGAUGGCCGAAUCCUUCUCCAGACAAAUAUUCUGGAUGAGCGAGGCGAACCGACCGAGAUCACUACCCGAUGCAUUAUGGAGAUCGCUCGGACGGACAACAACCGAAUGUUUGAGUUCUUCUACUCGACGAUCGACAACGAUGGAAGUCCUCAAUUUGUCGGCAUUCGAGCCACCUACGGUUUCGGCCCUGAUAACUUCAACCGAUUCCGACUGCUGACCAAGUGCCAGCACGGGCCAUUUAUCCAGCUCGCUCAGGAUCAUUACGUCGCUGGCGAGAGGAAAAGAAAUGUGGCCCGAUACCAUCCUCAGUAUGGAUGGGGAUGCGCAACGAUUCGCGAAUUCUUCGGGUACAUGAGCGAUUGCAAGCUCAAUCCUCCGAAAGGACGGCUGUUCCUCACUCUGCUCCCGUAUGCUCCCGGAUCUGGGAACAACAAUGAGUGGGAAGAGGUGUACAUGAACGUCCGAAUGAACCCGGGGCGUGAGACGCUUUCGAACACCGCGUCAUCACAAUCCAUGCUCCCUGAAGGGAUGGGAUCCAACCGCAUGAUCGUGUUUGCGAUUGAUUUGCACAUGAUUGCGGCGGGAAUCAAUCCGAUUGUAUUCCACCCGAGGGGAUAUUAUGCGAUCAAAGACAGUAUCCCUCUCGCCUGUAUGCCCAUUGCAUACUUCAUGGACACGGGAUCCCUUGUGUUCAACACGGCCUUCAAAUAUGUUGGAGGCCCAAAGUUCGGCACUGGCCCCAAGAGAGGAGACCACAAACGAGAAACGUGGCCGCUUGCUAGUUUCGACUGCCCCAUGUGCGGAGCAUCAUUCCCGGUGGGUCUCCACAUGUGUCACUCUUGCACCAAGCCGAUUCAUUAUCCUGAUGGGAUGUUCUACGCCGAUCCUGUAAACCCAUUUCAGGUCGAGUACUAUGGAAGUCAUGCCGAAUGGCUCAACGAGCUCAUUGAGCGAAACGAGCUUAAAGAAUUCCGACUUCACGAGUACCCUGCAAUCAAGCAGCUGAGGAAUUUCCCGGUAUCUAGGUCAAUCGCUGAGGACCACAGGCAAACCGCGUUCUUCGGGGUGCCACCGAUCAAAUGCACUGCAGCUGAUACAUCGCCGAAAGAAGUGGAAUUGUUCAAGAAGAGCGUGCGCGGAACGAUUCAAGGCGCCAUUCGAUUGGACAUCUCCAUUGAGAGGCUUGUUGCCGGUAUCACUGGCAAGGAAGCUCGGAGCGGUGUGGAAGACUUCCUCAACUCGCAGUCGAUCGCCUGUGCAACCACGAUAGUCAAGCACUUCGGCGCGGUCUUCGCCACAUGCCGCGAGAAGCCGCUGCGCUACUAUGCACGAUGGUCGAUCCACUGUCAGCGCGCAUACCGAGUCUGCCUGUCGCGUGGCUAUCUCUCCCCCUUUUACACAGGAGGGACAAUCGAUUAUACCGUCGACUCAGACAUGAUCGAGAAAAUUCGGCUUGCGCAUCUGCCAUUGCAGAACGCCAAUCUGGCGAUGAGAAGGCAUAUUCGACUUUCCACCGAGUUUGGAACGUUGGAUGAGUUCCGUGCCACUAUCACGGACACGCAAAAGUAUCAGCGAUACAUGCGUGUCGAUAGUGAAAGCCUUUCCGCGCUCCUUGCCAAGGUUACCCUUACAACGUGCUACGGCAUUCCGAUGAAAGGUGAACCUGGCUACAUCUCUGACGAUGAAGCUGAGGAGAUCGAAGGAACUGCGGCGGCAACUGAAAAGCCCAAAGGGAAAGGAAAAGGGGAAGAAGAAGAACCCGAUGUCCAAGCCAUCAAUUGGCGUGAUUUGGACCCUUUGGGGCGGAAGUUCAUCCCGCACCAUACCGAUUCCCGAUUCACGAUUUUUGCUGAUGGGAAUACGGCACUCCUUGAUGCCCCCGAAACGCCUGAUGAGAAGCGUAAGGAAUUCAAGGAGUUCAUUCGCGAUCACUCUGUCAAGAUUAAGGAAUGUUUCGAUGAUGAUCGCGCGACUGAGAAGACGUUCUUCAAUCUUGUUGAAGGCGUAAAGGAUCAGCUCCCCGAUACUAAGAGAACUGACCCUGUUCUUAUGAAAAAGAACGAAGAUGUCUUCGAGGCUCUACCCGAUGAACUAGAAGAGCCUCAAGAUCUGUUCGACGUCGCAGCUCAGCGGGCACGACGACGUGCUGAUGCGCCUCAGCGCAGAGUGCAGGUCACUGAGCAACGGCACGCGUCGAUCCCCGAAGCUCAUGCCGUCCCCGUUCCUCCGGAUGACGAGGACGAGGAUGAUACUGAGCUCGAACGGGCGAUCCGACCCGGCCCGAAGUCACAGCGCACUGGGCGAGAGCACCUCGGAGGUGUCGCUCCUGAGACCUCCGCCUCGCGAUGCCGCCUCCGUCUAAUCCACCGAGUCGGAAGACGUCGAGGCAAUCGGGCUACAAUGUUCCCCACGCUGAAGGGGAGACACUGA